AUGGUCUGGGGAGCCGGCGGGAGCUGCACCCCGCGCCCGCCCAUCCACCAGCAGCCGGCACCCGAAACCCGAGUGGUCGUUGUGGUGUUCCUCGGCCUCCUGCUGGACCUCCUGGCCUUCACCUUGCUGCUGCCUCUGCUACCUGCGCUGCUGGAGAGCCACGGCCGAGCGCAGGAUCCUCUUUAUGGCUCGUGGCAGCGCGGGGUGGACUGGUUUGCUGCAGCCAUUGGGAUGCCAGCCGAGAAGAGGUACAACAGCGUCCUGUUUGGAGGUCUGAUUGGCUCCAUCUUCUCCUCCCUGCAGUUCCUCUCAGCGCCCCUCACGGGCGCCGUCUCUGACUGCCUGGGGAGGCGCCCGAUGAUGCUACUGUCCCUGGCAGGCCUGGCCACCUCGUAUGCCGUGUGGGCCACUUCGAAGAGCUUUAUGGCCUUCCUGGCCUCCAGGAUGAUUGGGGGCAUCAGCAAGGGGAAUGUCAGCCUCUCCACCGCCAUUGUCGCCGACCUGGGCUCGUCUCCCGCCCGCAGCAGGGGCAUGGCAGUCAUCGGGGUGGCCUUCUCUUUGGCCUUCACGCUGGGCCCCAUGCUCGGCGCUUCCCUGCCUGUGGAGACGGCGCCCUGGUUGGCCCUGCUCUUCGCGGUCUCCGAUCUGCUGUUCAUCUCCUGCUUCCUGCCGGAGACGCUGCCCCCAGAGAAGCGGGCACCGUCCAUCACGCUGGGGUUCCGAGCUGCUGUUGACCUGCUCAGCCCCCUGGCCCUGCUCUGCUUCUCAGCCGUGGCACGUGGCCCGAACCCGCCCACUGGAGUCAGGCUGGGCAGUCUGCGCCUGCUGGGCCUCGUCUACUUCCUGUAUCUCUUCCUGUUCUCGGGCCUGGAGUUCACGCUGAGCUUCCUCGUGCACCAGCGCUUCCAGUUCAGCAGCCUAGAGCAGGGAAAGAUGUUUUUCUUCAUCGGCCUCACGAUGGCCACCAUCCAGGGCGCCUACGCCCGGCAGAUCAGCCCUGGCGGGGAGAUCGCAGCUGUGAAGCGGGCCAUCCUGCUGCUCGUCCCCGCCUUCCUCCUCAUCGGUUGGGGGCACACGCUGCCCAUGCUGGGCCUGGGGCUGCUGCUCUACUCCUUCGCCGCUGCCAUCGUGGUGCCCUGCCUGUCCUCCGUGGUCGCCAGCUACGGCUCUCCCGGGCAGAAGGGCGUGGUCAUGGGCACGCUGCGGAGCUUGGGCGCCCUGGCCAGGGCUCUGGGGCCCAUGGUGGCCGCCUCAGCGUAUUGGCUGGCCGGGGCGCAGGGCUGCUACACCGUGUGCGCGGGGCUCUUCCUGCUCCCCUUCUCCCUCCUGCGGAAGCUGAGGCCUCCAGCAGGGAUGCUCAAGGCCGAAUAG